AGGGAGGGACGGGACGAGAAGCCUGCCAGGCUCGGGGUGGGGACGCCUUGCGAGGAACGGGCGGGGGGGGACGCGCGCCGAGGAGGCCUGGACCGCAUAGUGGGGGGCCUUCGUCCCCCCCCCCCGCCCGGCCAGCGGGCCUUGGAUCUACGGCGGCUGCAUCCGACCCGGAGGGGGGCCGCGCCUAGCGUGAACCCCGACCUUUCUCCGCCGGGACUGGGGCCCAGCGCCCCGGAGGAAGGCGUCGCGGGCGCUCGGAGAGCCAAGUUCGAGGCGGGGGAGGCAGCCUCGGGCGCGCCCGGCUUCUCCGGGGGGGCGGGCGCGCAGAUGGCCACUCAGGUGGAGCCGCUGCUGCCGGGGGGCGCCCCACUCUUGCAGGCCGAAGAGCACGGGGGGCUGGUGAGGAAGAAGCCGCCGCCGUCGUCCGAGGGCAAGGGCGAGCCCGGGGCGAACGACGUCGGAGGGGGGGAGCUGGACGGCGGCGCCCGGAGACCUCGGCCGCCCUGCGCCAAGCCACACAAGGAGGGCACAGGGCAGCUGGAGCGCGAGAGCCCGCGGCCGCCGCAGCCGCCUGGCGCCGAGGGCCCGGCCGUCAGCGACGGGGAGGAGGGCGGCGGCGGCGAGCCGGCCGCUGGCGGAGGAGCUGCCGGAGCCGCGGUCGCCGGGCGCCGAGACUUCGUGGAGGCCCCUCCGCCCAAGGUGAACCCGUGGACUAAGAACGCGUUGCCGCCGGUCCUGGCCACCGUGAACGGACAGUCUCCUCCAGAACAUGCUGCUCCGGCCAAGGUGGUGAGGGCAGCAGUUCCUAAACAGCGCAAAGGUAGCAAGGUUGGUGACUUUGGAGAUGCAAUCAACUGGCCAACACCUGGAGAGAUAGCCCACAAGAGUGUGCAGCCACAGUCCCACAAGUCUCAGCCUGCCCGCAAGCUGCCACCCAAAAAGGACAUGAAGGAACAGGAGAAAGGAGAGGGGAGUGAUAGUAAGGAGAGCCCGAAAACCAAAUCAGAUGAAUCGGGGGAGGAGAAGAAUGGGGACGAGGACUACCAGCGAGGCGGGCAGAAGAAGAAAGGGAACAAACACAAGUGGGUUCCGUUGCAAAUAGACAUGAAGCCUGAAGUGCCCAGAGAGAAACUGGUCUCUCGCCCUACUCGCCCGCCGGAGCCACGACACACACCUGCCAACCGCGGGGAGAUCAAAGGGUCUGAGCCUGCCACCUACGUGCCCGUGCCCGUGGCCCCCCCCACCCCAGCCUGGCAAGCAGAGACCAAAUCGGAGCCUGCCUGGCACGACCAGGAUGAGACAUCGAGUGUGAAGAGUGAUGGGGCUGGUGGGGCGCGGGCUUCCUUCCGUGGCCGUGGACGGGGGCGUGGUCGCGGCCGGGGACGCGGCCGGGGUGGCACUCGAACCCAUUUUGACUACCAGUUUGGCUACCGAAAGUUUGAUGGUGCAGAGGGGCCGCGCACCCCCAAGUACAUGAACAACAUCACCUACUACUUUGACAAUGUCAGCAGCACUGAGCUUUACAGCGUGGACCAGGAGCUGCUUAAAGACUACAUCAAGCGCCAGAUUGAAUACUACUUCAGCGUGGACAAUUUAGAGCGAGACUUCUUCCUGCGACGGAAAAUGGAUGCUGACGGUUUCCUUCCCAUCACACUUAUUGCGUCCUUCCACCGAGUACAGGCCCUUACCACUGACAUUUCACUCAUUUUUGCGGCCCUAAAGGACAGCAAGGUGGUGGAGAUCGUUGAUGAAAAAGUCCGCCGGAGGGAGGAGCCAGAGAAAUGGCCUCUUCCUGGUCCCCCAAUAGUGGAUUAUUCCCAGACUGAUUUCUCCCAGCUUCUCAACUGCCCAGAGUUUGUCCCCCGCCAGCACUAUCAGAAGGAGACAGAGUCGGCGCCUGGCUCUCCCCGUGCUGUCACCCCAGUGCCAACUAAAACAGAGGAGGUCAGCAACCUAAAGACCCUGCCCAAGGGCCUGUCUGCCAGCCUCCCUGACCUGGAUUCUGAGAACUGGAUUGAAGUGAAGAAAAGACCUCGGCCCUCCCCAGCACGACCCAAGAAGUCAGAGGAGCCCAGGUUCCUCCACCCGACCACUCUGCCUCAGCAGCUGCCCUCUCAGCAGCUGAUGUCCAAGGAUCAAGACGAGCAAGAGGAACUGGAUUUCCUGUUUGACGAGGAGAUGGAGCAGAUGGAUGGGCGGAAGAACACCUUUACCGCCUGGUCUGAUGAGGACUCUGACUACGAGAUUGAUGACCGGGAUGUCAACAAGAUCCUCAUUGUCACCCAGACACCACCUUACAUGCGCCGGCACCCGGGGGGGGACCGCACAGGCAACCACACCUCGCGUGCCAAGAUGAGCGCUGAGCUGGCCAAGGUCAUUAACGACGGGCUCUUCUACUACGAGCAGGACCUGUGGACUGAGAAGUUUGAACCCGAGUAUUCCCAGAUCAAGCAAGAAGUCGAGAACUUCAAGAAAGUCAACAUGAUCAGUCGGGAGCAGUUUGACACACUAACCCCUGAGCCCCCUGUGGAUCCCAACCAAGAGGUCCCUCCUGGACCACCUCGCUUCCAGCAAGUUCCCACUGACGCCCUGGCCAACAAGCUGUUCGGUGCCCCCGAGCCCUCCACCAUUGCCCGCUCUCUACCAACCACUGUCCCAGAGUCGCCAAACUAUCGCAACGCCAGGACCCCUCGCACUCCCCGGACACCGCAGCUCAAAGACUCAAGCCAGACGUCACGGUUUUAUCCAGUGGUGAAGGAAGGUCGGACGCUAGAUGCUAAGAUGCCUCGGAAAAGGAAGACCAGACACAGCUCGAACCCACCCUUGGAGAGUCACGUGGGCUGGGUGAUGGAUUCCCGCGAGCACAGGCCCCGGACUGCUUCCAUCAGCUCCAGCCCCUCAGAAGGCACGCCUGCGGUUGGCAGCUAUGGCUGUACCCCUCAAUCUCUGCCCAAGUUCCAGCAUCCUUCCCACGAGCUGCUCAAGGAAAACGGCUUCACACAACACGUCUACCACAAGUAUCGUAGGCGCUGCCUUAACGAGCGGAAACGCUUGGGCAUUGGCCAGUCUCAGGAGAUGAACACUCUCUUCCGCUUCUGGUCCUUCUUCCUCCGAGAUCACUUCAACAAAAAGAUGUAUGAGGAGUUCAAGCAGCUGGCUCUGGAGGAUGCCAAAGAAGGCUACAGAUAUGGUUUGGAGUGCCUUUUUCGAUACUACAGUUAUGGCCUGGAAAAGAAGUUCAGGCUGGACAUAUUUAAGGACUUUCAGGAGGAAACCGUGAAGGACUAUGAAGCUGGUCAGCUGUAUGGGCUGGAGAAGUUCUGGGCCUUCUUGAAAUAUUCCAAAGCCAAAAAUUUGGACAUUGACCCCAAACUUCAAGAAUACCUCGGCAAAUUCCGACGUCUUGAAGACUUCCGAGUGGAUCCCCCCAUGGGUGAGGAGGGCAACCACAAGCGACACCCAGUGGCAGCAGGAGGUGGCAGCGGCGAGGGCAGGAGGCGGUGCCCCUCCCAGUCUUCUGGCAGGCCCUCCGCCGUGGUCAGCCAACCCCCCACACCAGCUACUGGCCAGCCCAUCCGAGAAGACGCUAAAUGGACAAGCCAGCACUCGGACACACAGACUUUGGGAAAGUGAAAAACCCUUCAGCCCUGGGGUUUUGUGGGGAGAAGGGAUGGAGGGGGUAGGUGAGAGUCUGUGGGGGUGCCCAGUCCCAGGAGAGGGGACAGAGAAGGGACAGGCCUGUAGUCAGUAGGAUGGGCCUUCGUGCUGAGUAGCAGUGUGUACACCAUUUGGGCUCUCAGAGGCGCCCCUGGGCAGGAGCCUCCACACACCCCCUCCCUCUUCUCUCUCCAUGGCUCUUCUUCACAUCCUAGUUUCUUCUGAGGGGUGGGGGGGGAGGGUAAGGGGGGAAAUUUUUUUUAUAUAUAUAUAUAUAUAUAUAUAUAUAUAUCAAGUUUUAAAUUAUUGAUAGUUUGUCUGGAUUACCAAAAUCACUCUGCAGCCCUGCCCGCGGCUGGUAGGCCGCAAACCUGGUCCCCAUCCACAGCUGCCUCCUGCUCCCCCUCCAGCCAACUAUGCAGCCCACAGAAAGGCCCUGUGGGCCCCAUUGCCCAGCACUGUUUCACAGAAGGCUCUGGCAGCGUCCCUGGGCCCCACGAGCACCAGCCCCUUGAUCAUCUGGGGCUUGCCAUCACCUUGUUCUCUCCCUGCUCUCCCUACCACGCCCUCCUGCCAUCUUCCGGGAGAAGGAAACCAAAGGAUCUAGAAGUGGGGGUGGGGAAGGUUUCGGCCUCUCUCCACUCCCCUCCCCCCAUGCCCCUUACUCCCCAGCCCAGAGAGACGCUGCUCAUACCAGAAGAGACUAUUGAAAGAUGAUUUAUUUUAUUUUUCUCUGACCUUUCCAUCCUUGGGAAAAUGGAAAAGAAAAAAGAAAAAAAAAAAGACAAAAUCGACCAUAAAAGACCAAAAAAAACCAUCAGAAAACCCCCACCUAAUCCACAGAAAGUGAUGUCUUUCCCCUACCCUUGGAAUUUUCUUGUUUUGUUCUUGGAAAUAGUAUUUUUUUAAAAGUUGCCUUAUUGUGGAGUGGGAAUCUGAAAUACCCAAAUGCCUGUUUUCCUCGGUGGAGUCAACUCGAAGAGCUCCCACCUUCUCUGGAUGUGCCUGGGCUGGAUUGACUAGAAUCUGUCUCUGGAUUGAGUUGCAUGUACAGUGCCUCCUGCCUGUAGGCAAGAGAGUUGGGGGCGGCUCAGAUCGGAGCCGUGCCCAAAAUAUCUCCGCUGUUGCAUCAUUUGAAGCUGACGUCCCGUGUCUGUACACUGCUGCCACUGUCGUGUCCUUGCUCUGCUUGCUGUUGCCUCACGCCAGGGCCCGUCCUGCCGUGACACUCUUCAUCCUACCCUUGGAAAGCCAAGGCCAAUUUUGCUUCAGACUGUUGGAGGACAGCAUUGGCCUGGAUCUGGGACACACUUGUCCUCAGUUUGACUGUCUCCCCCACCACAGAGGGGAAAGGUGAACACUUGGCAGCUGAGGCUUGGAAACUUUUCUUGCGUUCCCUUGAUAGAUCUCUGAGACCUCAAGGAGGCUUUGUCUCUUAAAAGGUGGAGAGAGAUGCCAUUCUCCUCCCUUGGGCCGGGUGGGUAUCCCCAUCUUGCGUCCCCCCUCUGCAAGCCAUCUCUGCCCACCCUCCAGUUGAUCCCGCCUGGGAACGAGAGAUUGAGGAGGCUUUGAGGGUGGGGGGAAUCCUGCCAGUUGGAGAAGCCCUGUGGCAGGAAGGUAUAUGUGGACAUAGAGUAUACCUGACUUCUCCAGCCACUGACUGCUUGACUUGGGCUGUGAAUGACAGUGGAAUGGCUGGAGUCUCCUGGCAUCCAGAGCUAGGGAGGGUGACCCAGAACUGACCCUCACAAACGGGGCUGCGUGUGGGUGUGACAGCACGCUCACCACAGGGUGGUGGUGGUCAUGUGCUCACGCCUCUUGGCCCUUUUCAACUGCUUCCUCUGUCGGGCCCUAAAGUUGGGAGUCGGAGACAGUAUCUCAGGCUGGCUAGGGCUUGCCCUCUGUCUUGGGCACCUCAUUGCUUUGGCCGGUGCCCUCCCCCAUCUCUGCCCUCCCAGCAGUUAGUAUGGGGAAGCCCACCUUAGUUCCUGUGAGCCGGUUGUCUCGAAAGCCAAGGAUGAGUGUCUGGUCUCUGCUCUGACAGUGGGGUUUGAGGCCCCCCCUGCCCAAUCUGGUGCCCGCCCCCCAAUGUGCCAGACACCGGACGCCCUCCUCCUUCCCUUCAUUGCCUCUUUCUUUCCUUUGGGUUGCUCAGCCCUGUACUGUAUCCAGCACCACAGAAACCUCAGUGUUUGUCCUCUGCUGGGUUUGGGGGCACAAGGAAGCCUUGGGAGUGUGGGGAAAAGCUGUUCUUAUCUAGAGUUUACUCCCAGGCCAGGGGGCUGCCAUCCUCUCCCUGAUCCUCCCCACAGACACCCCACAAAGAGGAAGCCCCUUUUGGGUGGGGAGGUGAGGACGUCAUCUCAACACAGGCUGGGGUUGGUGGGGCUUUUUUUCUUCCUUUUUUUCUUUCUUUCUUUUUUUUUUUUUUUGUAACAUGUUCGGAGUUAAUGUUGCAAAGAGUAGUUUACAUCUUCACUUUCUGAAGACACUUGAAUUUAGGACCGAUGUAUCUGUGACAAGCACCAUCCUCCAUGGGGAUCCAAGAUCGGAGACACAAAGCAACAGCCUGCCCAAAUCCUUCUGUUCAUCCUGUACCCUUCCAAGAUUGGUCCAUGCCAACACAACCUUUGGGCAUCAAACAUCAGAAGGUCUGUGUACCUCGGCCCUGCUAAGGGGCAGGUUUCUCUCGUGCUCUCCUGAAUCUGGGAGUAAAGGCACUACCAGUAGAGAGGGGCUGCCCGACCCUGCCCCAGCCUGGACCCCUUGGGCUCAGAUCCAGGUGCAGAGCCCCCAUGUCAAAGUUGUUAUGUUUUUGUUUUGUUCUAUUGUAGCUCUUUUUUUCCCUUUCCUGAUGAUUGAUUUUAAAAAAGAAAGUUGCUCAGAAAGCCCUGGCAGUGGGGAGGAGGGGCAAGAAGGACGACUAGCUAGGGAGGGUGGGGUGGUUUUUUGCCAAAAGCCUGGGUAGAGCGGUCUGGAUCACCUGGUGCCCUCCUGAGCGGGGCCCCAGAGUCUCUCCUGUGUGCACGGGGCCCUGGAUGUGCCCCAGCCCCACCCUCUCCUUCAGCCGUGUCGAUAGCAGAGGCAGAGAAGAUCAGAACGUACAGCCCAUUUCUGACUGGAGAGGAAAACUCGUCACCGGCUUUGCGGAGAAGGUUCCACCUUAUGCUCAUAGUACGUUAUCUUUACCAUGUGCUAGGAUAUCACACUUAAAAGGACAAAAAAAUGUAAAAUACUUGAAUGAGCUUGUAUUAUAACAUUAAUAUUAUUGAGAGUAUCUGCUUUCCAGGCUGAAGUGAUUCAUUCAUUAUUCUAGUCCUGCUUUAGUCGUUUGUAAUUUGUGGUAAUUAUGCUUUUCUUUUUAAUACAAAAAAAUGUAUAAAAA